AUGGCUAGCCCUCCUGUGCUAGCCUUCGAUGCUGAGGGCCGCCCAGUGAAGUUCAACACCUGGCUUGAUGACCUACACCUCUUCCUACAGCUCACUGCCAAGGAAGACAUCUCACUGUACGAUCACGCCUUAGGCCACGCUACUGCUCCUGCUGCUACUGCUGACAGCACUGCCUGCUCACAGUGGCAGACUCGUGACGCCCAAGCUCGCUUCGCUAUUCGCAACUCUCUGCCGAUAGAUGAGCGCGAGCACUUUGGGCAGCACAAGACUGCGCAGGCACUGUACACUGCUGUCGUUGCCCGCUACUCCUCACCGGCCUCUGCCGCUCUAGGCCGUCUCUCUCUUCCCUACUUGUUCCCCGACUUAGCUUCCUUCCACACUGUCGCUGAUCUCAUUACCCACCUCCGCACUAUCACGCGCCUCCCUGACACUCUGCGCUCAGUCAGGGACCACUUCUUAGCUCGCUGCCCCACCGAGCUCACCAUUGCCCUCCUCAAGAAGGAACUCCUUGCAGCUGAGGCUAGCAUAGUCGCUGUAGGUGCCUCUCGUGGCGACCCCCGUACCCCGUUCUUUGAGGGGUGUUCUCCCUCCCCCCUUCUUCCCUCUGUCGCCUCUGCUGCUGCUGUCGCCUCCUUGGUGCUGAGAAGGUCGGGACUCCGUCUGCUUCGGGCGGGCGCCGCAGCGGCAAGGGCAAGGGGGGCAAGGGCGGUGGUGGUGACAGCGGGGGUGGCGGUGGUGGGGGGAGGUGGUGGUGGCGGGGGGGUGGCGCGGGUGGAGGAGAUGGCAGCAGUGGGGGGAGUGGCGGCAGCGGCGGGGGAGGUGGCCGUGGCGGAGGAGGUGGUGGGGGUGGCAGUGGACGAGGCAGCGGCCGGGGUUGGGGUGGUCGAGGAGGUGGUAGCGGCGGUGGAGGUCGUGGAGGCACUGGCGGUGGCCAGGGCCAGCAGCACACUCCGUCGCCCCAGGAAGUCCGUGAGUGGUACUCUCAGCACGGGGGGGGGGGGGGGUGGCCUUAGCUGCACGUACGUCAUUCGCACUGGUGACCGCACUGGCCAGCCGUGUGGGGGACCGCACGCCACACAGCGUUGCUUCGCUCGUCUGAACGACUCUUGGCGUGUUCAGUUCCCUCAGGCCACUGAGCUGCCCCGCUGGGUUGAUCUCCUGAAGAAGGGGGUUGAUAUCUAUGCUCUAGACUUUGAUGCUAUUCUCACUGCCAUGUAUGUGAUGUCUACUAGUGGAGAGGGUUCUGAGUACCUGAGUGUCCCGCCCGACCCGGGCAUUAGGACUAGUGCGUCUGCCGCUCCAGGUACUCGCGUGUCUGCUACCCCAGGUGCUGGUGAGGCUGCUGCUCUAGGUGCUUGUACGUCUGCCCCCCCUAGUAUUGUGUCGACUGCAGCACUGCACACCUUCACGUUGGAUUCAGGUGCCUCUCGCUGUUUCUUUCGUGACCGCACUGCCCUUGAGCCCCUUGCUCGGCCAGUAGCUGUCUCCCUCGCUGACCCCUCUGGGGGUCCGGUCAUUGCGACCUCCUCCACUGUCCUUCCCUGUCCUGCGGUCCCGUCGAGCACACUGUCAGGUCUCCACCUCCCCUCGUUCUCUACGAACUUGGUGGCAGGUUGUGCACUCCAGGACGCGGGUGUUCACCAGUUCACCCCUGCCUACGAGCAUGUCACACACUGCACGUGUGCUCGUACAGGCCGCCACUUGGCUACCUUCACCCGGCAGCCUGGGUCGGACCUGUACACACUGACUACUGCCCCCCCUCAGGUCGCUGCGUCUGCGUCAGCGUCAGCGUCAGGUCAGCUGUUCGCCCCCUGCUCGUGUCGCUCUCUAGCGCACGAGACUGGUCCUCCCUCCCCUCCCCCCUCGCCUGCUCCUCCCUGCCUUCCCUGUGUCGAGGGGCGGCAGCGCGCCGCUCCUCACUCCUCCUCGUUUCCCCCGAUGACUGCUCCUUUGCAGACGCUCCACAUGGACGUGUGGGGCCCAGCCCGCGUCCGUGGUCAGGGUCAGGAGAGGUACUUCCUGAUCGUUGUUGACGACUACUUGCGCUACACCACGGUCUUCCCCUUGCACACCAAGGGUGAGGUCCCUGAUGUUUUGAUCCCCUGGAUCCGCAGAGCUCGUCUCCAGCUCAGCGAGCGUUUCCGCUCGGACUUUCCUGUCCUGCGCUUGCACUCUGACAGAGGUGGUGAGUUCUCCUCCGACCUCUUGGCAGCCUACUGUGCUGAGCACGGCAUUGAGCAGUCGUUCACGCUUCCGGCCUCUCCACAGCAGAAUGGGGUUGCGGAGCGCCGCAUUGGCCUGGUCAUGGAGGUCGCUCGUACCUCCUUGAUCCAUGCGGUUGCCCCCCACUUUCUGUGGCCGUUUGCGGUCCGGUACGCUGCGCAUCAGCUCAACCUCUGGCCCCGUGUCUCCUUGCCGGAGACCUCGCCCACACUGCUGUGGACGGGGGAGGUUGGCGAUGCGUCGCGUUUCCGGGUCUGGGGAUCUCGAGCUUUUGUCCGCGAUUCGUCUGCGGACAAGCUCUCCUCUCGUGCUGUUCCCUGCGUCUUCCUCGGCUUUGUUCCGGACGCGCCUGGUUGGCAGUUUUACCACGCCACCUCGCGCCGGGUCUUGCCCUCUCAGGACGUCACUUUUGACGAGUCUGUCCCCUACUACCGCCUCUUCCCCUACCGCACUGCCCCGCUCCCACCCCCGCCUCUCUUCCUCGCGCCAGGUGCUGCUGUCGUAGACCCCCUCCCCCCUCAGGGUGCCGCUCCCUCAGCCUGGGGUUGCUGA